CACCAAUUUCAUUUAAUUCUGAUAAAGCGUUCAAAAGAAAAUAAGCUCAAAACAAUGAAAAAAGCAGAAACUUGAAAAAAAUCAUCUUUCAAUAGUCUUUGUGUAAACACUACAUUCGUAGUGCAAAUAUUGCAAAUGCAAACGUAAAAUAUUUUUAUUACAUUUUGAUCAUAAUUAUAAUUAUACUUACAGAGAGUUUAUAUUAGCUAUAACUUUUUAACGAAGUGUUGCCGGAUUUAUGUUUAUAGGAACUUUUCUGUUACAAAUUCAAUUUACUAUAAGACCCUGAAGUUUCAUUGACCUGACCUGGAACACCCUGUAUAAAGAUUGAUAAAUCUAUCUACAUAUUUCCACGCGAUAAGACUAAUUUUGAACUUUCCCGCCAAGAUUCGGAUCUCUUUUGGUCGCGUUCAAAAAUUUACUCGUCGAGGUAGAGUAGCUUUUGACUGACUAAUCAGAACAAAAGAUUUCUUUCUUUUAAUUGGUCAAUCAAACACUAUUCCACUCGUCGAGUUAAUUUUUGAACGCACCCAUGAAAUUUUCCUCGAACCAAAGUGUGUUUUUUCAUCACAAAAAUCUAUAAUAAAAAUCAAAGAGAAUCAUAUGUCAUGUCAGUUAUAUUUAGAAGAAUGCAAUUUUCUUCGCGGGAUCUCUUCUGUUGCAUCACAAUUAAUCGCGCGUAUCACACUGAACUUAUAUUUUAAAAGUGUGUUUUGUUAAUUCGAAGUCCGCCGAGAUUGCCCUCAUAUCUACCCGGCCAUGCGUGUUUGUUGACCUUCACAGCACUGUCCUUAAUAAAACAGAGGUCAACUUGUGUGCCAAGCUUUUCCUACCGAUCUUUCGAAUGAGAACGCAUGUGUGCUACGCGAUCGUUUUUACAUUCUACCAUCGAUAUUUUUAUAGGUAACACGCAUAAAGGGUUUAAUUCACACUUGUAAUAAAAUGUUGGCAAAUGCUGCGAUAUCAUUUUCUUAGUAAAUUUUUUACAUCAGUCAAUUAAGUGCAAUUAAAUUUAUGUCUUACUCGCUUUGACAAUGGCUUCGAAAACAAGACGCUUCUUUAACAAUAUAAGAAGAAUACUCUUAAGGAUUUAUAGAUACUUUCUACGUUAUAUCCGUACAUGGGUGAUUGUAGGAUCAAAAAAUACAAUAACUGAAGAUAUGCAAGAAGUCGACGGUCUAUCGCCACAGCCUACAACCGAAAAUCAUGAACAAAUAAGAAUCUUAACUGUGAACAAUGGGGAACAUCUGGAUGGGAUCUUAUACAGAUUGAAGAAAGGAUGGAAAGUUGAAUUUAGACUCGGGGCUUCCCUUCUUGGAAAAAAACUUGAUGUUUUUAUAAAUCAUCCAUUAUCGAGUGAGGGAAGUUUUGAGAGGCGUACUUACUAUCAAUUGCAAUGGGUUGACGAAUCAGCUAGUAUAUAUUUAACUUUGCCCGGUUCAUUCCAUUAUUAUGUCAGUGAUCAAGUCAGGGGGCAUAUAAAACCUGUUGCAUCUGGAUAUUUACUUGUGGAUCCUGAACUGAAAGUAGGCGAACAUGAGAAGGAAUUACCUUUGGAUUGCAUCCAAGUCCAAACAGUUUUGGCAAAGUGUUUAGGACCUUUCUCUACAUGGGAAGAUAAAUUAUUGGUGGCACGAAAUUCUGGAUAUAAUAUGAUCCAUUUUACACCAAUACAGGAAUUGGGACAUUCUAAAUCGUCAUACAGUCUGAAGGAUCAAAUGAAACUCAAUCCUGUUUUUAAUGAAAACAAUCAGAUAAUUACUUACAAUGAUAUCGAGCAAUUUGUAAACAAAAUGCGAACCGAAUGGGAGAUGUUAAGUAUAUGUGAUAUUGUUCUGAAUCAUACCGCAAACGAGAGUCCGUUUCUACUUUCUCAUCCAGAAUGCACGUACAACUGUAUUAAUAGUCCUCAUCUACGUCCAGCGUAUGUUUUGGAUGCAGCAUUGUUUGAAUUAACGAUACAAGUGGCUGCUGGAGAAUGGGAAUUUAAAGGUAUUCCUACCGUGGUCGACACUGAAGAUCACUUGAAUGCGAUUCGUCACGCUCUCCACACAUAUUUCUUGCCGCUUGUAAAGAUACACGAGAUGUAUAUCGUUGAUAUUAACGAAGUUAUAUCGGAAUUCUUGAAUUUGGCGCGCAAUGAAAUGCCACAAGAUGUGAAUAAUACGAAAACUGAAAACAUUUCGAUAGUUCAAGAUCCCGAUUUCCGUAGAUUGAAAUCAACCAUAAACAUGCAACUUGCUUUGAAAAAGUAUAAUAUAUACAGAGCUGAUUGUUUCGACGAGGAGACUCGUUUGAAACGAUGCGCAGAGGAGUUGAAGAAUAAAUUACAAGAACUCAACGAAGCUAUUAGCAACAAUGUACAAAACCAUCUGAAUGCUGCCGUUGAAAAUGCUAUUGCUGGUAUAAGAUACUUUAGAAUACAAUGUGAUGGGCCAAGAAUUAAGGAAAUUGACGAAAAGAAUCCUCUUGUUCCUAGAUACUUCACUGAUUAUGGAGCACCUGCAUCUUUGUCAGAAAGAGAAGAUAUAAUGUAUUCAGAUAAUGGAUGUUAUCUCAUGGCUCACAAUGGUUGGGUCAUGAAUAGCGAUCCUUUGAAGAAUUUUGCAGAACCUGAUUCUAAUGUCUACAUUCGAAGGGAACUUAUUGCUUGGGGAGAUAGCGUGAAACUCAGAUACGGGAAGCAACCAAAAGAUUGUCCGUUCUUGUGGCAACAUAUGACAGCUUAUGUAGAACAAACGGCGCAAAUAUUCGAUGGUGUUCGGUUGGACAAUUGCCAUUCCACACCGAUCCCCGUCGCUGAAUAUAUGCUUGACGCUGCACGACGUAUCCGUCCAAAUCUCUAUGUUGUCGCGGAAUUGUUCACCAAUUCCGAUCAAAAAGAUAACAUCUUUGUAAAUCGUCUUGGCAUUACUUCUUUAAUCAGAGAAGCUAUGUCAGCAUGGGAUAGCCAUGAAGAAGGAAGAUUAGUUUAUCGAUAUGGAGGAGAACCAGUUGGAGCAUUUCUGCAGUCACGAAAACGACCGUUGGUGCCGAGCAUAGCUCACGCUCUGUUCCUAGAUGUGACUCACGACAAUCCCAGUCCAGUGCAGAAACGAAGUACUUUUGAUUUACUCCCAAGCGCUGCUCUUGUAUCGAUGGCGUGCUGUGCCAGUGGCAGUAAUCGCGGUUAUGAUGAAUUAGUGCCCCAUCACAUACAUGUAGUAGAUGAAGAAAGACAAUACACUUCCUGGUUGGAUAAUGAUGAUCUAAUGAAUAAUGUUAAAUAUAUUAAUUCAAAAACUGGCAUAAUUGAAGCCAAAAGGGCAUUGAACGAUCUACAUUAUAUGCUUGGCCAAGAAAAAUUUUCGCAGGUAUUUGUCGAUCAAAUGGACAGUGAUAUAGUAGCUGUAACGAGACAUUCACCGACUAGUCAUGAGAGUGUAGUUUUGGUCGCGUUCACGGCAUUUAAACAUCCGGAUUCGAACGCUCAUGACCUGAGAAGACACAUAAGACCUUUGAUAGUGGAGGGUGUAGUAGAGGAAAUUAUUUUGGAAGCAUCACUUUCACAUGUAGAUGUCAAAAAUGGGAAAUCACCUUUCUGUUUACCACAAAAAUAUACAAAAGAUACAAAUUUCAUAAACGGAUUAUGCGAAUAUACGUUAAAUCUUAAACAGCACAUACAAUGCUGCGACUCUACGAUAAUCGAGAAGGUCGAUUCCGGCGAUCCUAAAAACACCCAACUCAACUUCGUAAACUUUCAACCCGGUUCUGUUAUAGCUAUACGAGUGGCGCUUCACACGAAUAUAAAACCUGCUUUAAUAAAGCUUCAAAAUACUAUCUUGCAGAUCACUUCCAACGAGAAAUCAGAUUUACAUAACAUAAUUUCUUGUAUGGAUUUCUCAGAUUUGAAUAAAGUUUUAUAUAGAUGCGAUCAGGAGGAACGAGAGGAAACAUGUGGUAGAUUUGGAGUGUACAAUGUACCAGGAUAUGGAUGUUUGGUAUACGCUGGAUUGCAAGGUAUUGUAUCCUUAAUGGCUGAUAUUCGUCCGAAUAACGAUCUAGGACAUCCUCUAUGCGCCAAUAUUAGACAGGGUAACUGGUUGAUAGAUUAUGUGUGGCAACGUCUGAAAGAAGAUGAUGGUACUAAACCCCUUGGGAUAUGGCUCGAGCAAGCAUUGGAACCAUUCAAAUUAAUUCCGAGAUACUUGGUGCCGAGUUAUUUUGAUGUCAUAAUCGUGAAUGUUUAUAUGAAUCUUUUAGAUCAUUGCUACAGUCUAAUGUCAAACUUCGUAAAAGAUGGAACUACAUUCAUUAACUUAUUGAGCUUGGUCUCGGUACAAGUGGGCGGUGUAGUAAGAUCAUCACAAUUGCCAGAUUUAUCGCCGAAUCUCAAUCAGCCUAAGCCGAAGACUAAAAUCUGCGACGGAGAAACUAAGCAGAUGUGUUUAACGUUGUCAGCAGGCUUGCCACAUUUCACAACAGGCUACAUGAGAAAUUGGGGUAGAGAUACCUUCAUCGCUCUGAGAGGAUUGUUACUUCUAACGGGCAGGCAUAUCGAAGCGAGAUUCAUAAUUCUCGGAUUUGCCGGAACUUUGCGACACGGUCUAAUACCAAAUUUACUCGAUAAAGGAAGCAAUGCAAGAUACAAUUGCCGUGAUGCAGUAUGGUGGUGGCUCUACAUCAUAAAAUGUUACACCGAGGAAGUUCCAGAUGGUUUGAACAUCCUUUCCGACAAAGUCUCAAGAUUAUUCCCGACUGAUGAUUCACCAGCUUUGCCUGCGGGACAGUAUGAUCAAUCGUUACACGAAGUAAUCCAAGAAGCUCUCACGAUACACUUUCAAGGUCUUUGCUUCCGGGAAAGAAACGCUGGGAAACAAAUCGACGAGCAUAUGACGGAUCGCGGGUUCAAUAAUCAAAUCGGAGUUCAUCCUGACACAGGUUUCGUUUUUGGCGGGAACGAUGCCAAUUGCGGCACCUGGAUGGACAAAAUGGGAUCUUCCGAGAAAGCCGGUAACAAAGGCAAGCCGGCAACUCCCAGAGACGGUUCCGCCGUGGAGUUGGUCGGAUUGUGCAAGUGCGUCCUCACUUUUCUGGCUGAAUUGUACAAACAGAAUCUUUUCCCAUAUGGCAGUGUUCAGCGUAAAAGUCGCGACGGAAAAAUAAUAACUUGGAGUUACAAGCAAUGGGCCGAUAGAAUUCAGGCAAACUUCGAAAAAUACUUUUAUGUGAACGAGACUCCGACGCAGGGUGAGUUGAGACCCGAUUUGAUUCAUCGGCGAGGUAUAUUCAAGGAUAGUCAUGGAGCGACACAAGAAUGGGCGGAUUAUCAGUUGCGACCCAACUUCCCUAUUACUAUGAUUGUCGCUCCGGAAUUGUUUGAUCCUCAUCAUGCUUGGACCGCACUGAAGAAAGCGGAAGAGAUACUGUUAGGCCCGUUGGGAAUGAAGACCUUGGAUCCUGCGGAUUGGGCAUACAAUGGUUAUUACGAUAACUCCAACGAUGGUACCGAUACCAAAGUAGCGCAAGGAUGGAAUUAUCAUCAGGGGCCCGAAUGGCUCUGGCCGAUAGGAUAUUUUCUGCGAGCACGUUUGCUUUUUGCAUCAUUAAUCGGCGAAAAGGACGAGUUACGCCGUACGGUCGAAUCGACGGAAGCUAUCAUUUCACGACAUUUUAUUGAAGCAUCUACUACUCAUUGGAGAGGUCUACCCGAGCUCACCAAUAAGGAUGGAAGUUAUUGUAAGGAUAGUUGUCGCACUCAAGCAUGGAGUGCCUCGAGUAUACUAGAGGUUCUCUAUGACUUGCAAAAGAUUAAACGGGAAUUAGGAUCCGAGGAAAUGAGAUCCGGGAAUUGAUAUCACUUUGCGUGUGUUCACCACCGCCAAUUAGAUUUAGAGCAAUUAAAACUAGAACAAUUAAAAUAUAAUAGUAACACUUCGAGCAAAGCGGAUAACACGAAUGUACGCUUUCCCACCGGAGCAAUAGCGACACCGCGCAUAUUGGAAACACACGCAUAUCGUAUCGGUACGCACAUAGACGUAACAGAUGCACGAAUUGUAGACACUACUGAUAUCAUAUCUGCAAAAAACGAAAUAUGUUUCGAGACUGAAUGGAACGCAAAAAAUUACAAUCGACAAUACGCAACGAUGGAAAAUGACGACGGAAAGAAUAAAGCUCGAACGGGCGUUCGAGCCUUGUCGCACGUUUACGAAGAAAUUAGAGGGAUUAAGGAGCCAUAUAGUAGUUCGCACAAGUACGACAUUCAAGAUUACUAUGAGAAGUAUAGUCCCAGCACGACGAAGGCUUUAAUAGAUACACUGUACUUCCCGCGGCAUGAAAUCUGCGAGGAAUGCGCGA